CAGAUUCGACUGUCAUGAUGGGAUACACUCCUCAUGAGGAUGAUGUCAUCUCAUGUCUGCAACUCUCGAUCGUGGUCCUCAGCCAAUGACGCAGUCUGUGUCGUACCAGACCUGACGACGUCACACCAGACCCUGAUGAAGAAUUUUCAUUGAGGGACUUGUCUCCCUCUCUGGUUGAGGAGAACAGAGUGUGUGGGUCAGUGAGUGGGUGGUGGGGUUUUGUGUGUUUACAGUGGAGACAGUGUAGGAUCAGUGGCAGUCUACUUCUGU